AAACAAAAGUAAUUGUACAUUAAAAUGCAUAAUUUCUUUUAUUUAGACCACAAAUAAAUUUCAAUAGCCUUCGUCAAAUAUUGCGUUCUGUUUGUAACCAAAAUUUAAAUAUUGCCAACUUUUUGUUUAAGAAUUAACUCAUUAAGGGAGUACUUUGUUUUUUAAAUAACAUAUUCAAAUGUUGAAAAGCAAUUUUUAAAACAUCAGCUGUAUUGGUAAAUACAUGAAAUAUUUUGUUUUUAUAAAAGGUACAAAAAAUUGUAUUAUGAAGUAAACAUGUAAACAAAGACAAGACUAAAAUAAGACUUUAAGUAUAUUCAAUUAUCUGGCUACUAAUCUUGUUUUACAUAUUUAGUCCCUUCGAAAAGAAUAAUACAAAUUAUAUACAAUUUGCAUUGAAAAAAACAAUUGUAAAUAAAUGCUUUUAGUAUGUAAACUUUUAUUUAGUUUUGGAAACUGAAUAGUUGGCAACUAGGUCUACACGAAUCGACAGUUUUUAAUCCACAAACAAUUUAAAAUAUUUACUUGAUUGUCAGUUAAUUGAACUGUAGUGGGCCAGAUGGAGAAAAAUACAGGUGAAGAUUUUGCUACUUGUCCGUAUGAUAAUGCACAUCGUGUCCUAAGGAGUCGUUUGCAAUUACAUCUAAUUAAAUGCCGUUUGAAUCAUCCACAUGUAGAAUUACAAAAGUGUCCACUGAAUCAAUUACAUUUGGUGCCUGAGGCCGAGUUCGAGCGGCAUUUAAUGAGUUGCCCUGAUCGUAAAAUAAUUGCACAUUAUAAAUACGUUGAUGAGAUGAAGUUUCUGAAGCAUGACCCAAUUGAAAGUGAGGAAAAUUGGGAUGACACUGAAUCUGGAAAUUAUAAUCCUGAAACUUACGCUCGUAGCAAUCAAAUAAUACGAAAACCCGUCGGUCCACCAUCAAAACGUAAAGCAUUUAGACAUGAGGAGGAAGAACGUUGGCAACAGCUUAAUCGAUUGUAAAUAUAAGCGUUUUUUCAUAGAUGCAUGCCAGAUACUUAUAUACAUAUAUUCUUGUGAUACUUAAUAGUAUAUUUUAAUACUUAUAUAUAUUUAAUAAGAGAAAUGUGUACAUUUUUUUUUAACGGCAGUGCGAAAAUAUGUGGAAUAAAUCGUUCCACAAAAGCUGAAUGAUUUUCAGUAAAAUUAAACAUUUAAUAAACAUAAUUCUCCUUAUAAACUAUAGCUAAGAGCUUUGUCGUUAUAUACACCUGAAAUUGGUUGGGAACACAGUAAGAAUAUUUUGAUAGUUUUCUUCAAUAAGCAUAUUUUUACAUGAGAAAUUUUGAUUUUAUUUUACAUGUAUGUACAUAAAUUCAAUAAGGAACACAAAUUUAGUAGUAAUUAGUUUAAUCUCACAGAGCCAACUAUGUAAUUAUGUUAUAUUAAUCCUGCUUCUGGUUUCAAUCGCUUCUUCACGACUGAUGUUGACCAUGAUAAGUGCCAUACUUUUGCGCAGGAGCGCUCUUGCCGAAAUGACUAUUUUCAUUCAUUUUCAAAAUAUAAUCGCAUUUCAAACCGAAUUCCGUAGCGACGCGUUUAUCGUUAUCUUCGGAUUGUUUCAUAUAUGCAGUUGGCGGCGACAGCUUCCCAAUCUUUCGCUGGCACAUCCACUGAUGACAUCGAAUUCAAAGGCCGAUAACCAGUUGAUAGAUUUUAAGCUAUUCAUGUUGUCCUUGUUCUUGCCAUGCUUGGGUGAAGCAAUAGCGAUGGCUAAUACUA